AGUUCUCUCUGAUCGAGGAUAUGUCGAUACGUGGAUAUUCAGCUAGCUCGUAUCUUUAUUAUUCAUAAUACUUCAUAACACAUUUACCAUUCGCUCUACUUGUGAUUUUUACAUUGCGGAAGGUGACAAAGCUCGUGAGAUUUUUUUGAUCCGGAUACAAUUAACAAAAAAAUAGUUUUGAAAUCGACACGCAGGCGAGCAAGAUGGAUUUCUUCAAGUGGACUCUCGGAAUUUUUGCUCUCAGUACUAUGAUUGUCGUCAAUCUGGCGAACGAAGAGUUCAGUUUCUUCAACAAAGGAUACCGUGCUCUUUACCGAGUUUAUGAAGAAUGCCAACAGCGUAACGUGGCUGUGUCAUCGUGCCUAAAGAAAAAGGCUAUAUCUUUCCUCGAUAGACUUGGUCGUAUCGAUAGUCUACCAAUAGGAGAGAAUUUAGAACUUAUAAAAGUUGCUUCUUCGGCGGAAAACGAAUCAAAGAGCUCGACAAUCGAUCUGGAAAGCUUAGGUCGCAAUAGUGGUGUUUCCAAGGAUGAGAUACUCAAUGAUAUUCUUUUGGAUAGAAUCGCAACUCUGUUAAAUGGAUUCAAUGUGCAAAUUCGUCUUCCAAAGACCAAUUUUGGUGAACUGAAACGUAGCAUCGAGGAAGGACGUGGUAAGAUGAAGAAGAUGAUGGGAAUGAUGAUGAUGGGUAUAGCCAUGAAAAUGGCUGCUCUGGUACCGAUUGCCAUGGGCGUUCUUUUCCUUCUCGCUGGUAAAGCUCUUAUCAUCAGCAAGAUAGCUUUGGUACUGUCGUUGAUAAUCGGUUUGAAAAAGCUGCUUAGUCAGAAGCAAAGUCACGAUUCUCACGGUGGAUGGCAGCAAAGUGGCGGUGGAUGGGACAGGAGUUUGAAGGAAGUGACCGCCGUCACGGAAGCCGACAGGCAGUACGCUCACAAUCUGGCAUACAGCGCGAGAGUACAACAUUGAUGGAUAGCAGAGAAGGAAAGAGAGAAAGAAAGAGAAAGAGAGAGAAAGAGAGAGAGAGAGAGAGAGAGAGAGAGAGAAAGAGAGAAAGAGAAAGAACAGUUGAAAGAGGAUGACAAGAAUUCUGCAAGGAAAUUAUCUUGGAAUUCUAAUCUGUUAAUGUAAUUCUUUGUGUAAAAAUUUUUUGGAGGAAAGAUUCUUCAAAGAUUCUUGGAAAAUAUUCUUUUAAGAUUUUGACUAUGACGAACGACGUGACUCAAGACUGAAUUGUGUAGAAAAUGAUAUCGCGAUUAUUUUAAUUAAGUGUCCACGUUUUUCCUAUAAAAGUCCAUUAUACCGUUUGGAUUUCUUUGGUAAUUUUAUUAAAACGAUUUCAUUCUUAUCGACCUUAAACGCUUUUUGAUGUUGACAAGUUUUUAUGUUAUCAAGAGAGUUAUAAAAAGAAGAAUUCGAAUUCGGAAGGACGUUAAUAUUAUUCGACAACAUAUCAAAAUAUCUUAGUUAACGAGCGAGAAAUGGUUUUCGCGUGAUAAUACUUAUUGAUCCAAAGAAAUGCCGAUAGGAUAACGGAUACUGUAUUUCGUGCACGCUAGAUCAUAACGGGAUCGAUUCGAGUUAGUUUAAUAAUCUCGCUACUUUCUUUUUCUUGUAAUCGCUAAAUUUCGUGAUGAAUAUUUACGAAUGUCCAUUAUAAAAUACUGUUAUAAGAAACUUAUAUUUAUUUAUUAUACUAUAUAAUAUCUAUUUAGAACUCCGUCUGAAUUAUAUGACAUGAGUCCUAGAAUCAAAAAUUUUCUAAACGAUGACUCGUUAAUUUUAACAACACUCUCGUAAGUCUGGCAUAGUCUAAUAUUUA